AAUGUAUGAGUCGGAUAGAAAGAGAGGGUUCGCACGACGGAGGGAGUGCGGAGGAGAGAAGGGGCGGUGGGAACCCUAAAUCUUCGUCGCGGCGAUAAGAGGGAGGAAGGUGUUGUUGUCGUUGGUGGCAGUGGUGGUAGUGGUGGUGGUUUGUGUUGUGCUGGUGUAGAUCGACUGCAACCAUUGGCAUAGAGGAAACACGUCUGAAGAUGAGCGAAAGCAGCCGUAGUCCUCCGAGGGAUCGCAAGAUGCGAACAGAGCGAGUCUCAUAUCGUGAUGCACCAUAUAGGAGGGACUUCCGCCGUGGCUCAAGGAAUCUUGAUUUGUGCAAGAACUGCAAACGGCCUGGACACUAUGCGAGAGAAUGCCCAAAUGUGGCUGUCUGCAAUAACUGUGGCCUUCCAGGUCAUAUUGCAGCUGAGUGCACUACAAAGGCAUUAUGCUGGAACUGCAAAGAACCUGGGCAUGUGGCGAGCAAUUGCCCCAACGAGGGCAUCUGUCACACCUGUGGGAAGACUGGCCACCUCGCAAGGGACUGCUCAGCUCCUCAUCUUCCUCCUGGUGACCUAAGAAUCUGUAACAAUUGCUACAAGCAGGGGCAUAUUGCAGCAGACUGCACGAAUGAGAAAGCAUGCAACAAUUGCAGGCAGACCGGUCAUUUAGCUCGCGACUGUCAAAACGAGCCCGUCUGUAAUCUUUGCAACAUAGCGGGGCAUGUGGCCAGGCAGUGUCCGAAGGCAGGAAUGCUCGGCGAAAGUGCCGGCGGUGCGUUUCAUAGCAGAUUGCGAGAUGUCGUCUGCCGAAGCUGCAACCAGAUUGGCCAUAUGAGCAGGGAUUGCAUGGGUCCCCUGAUGAUCUGCCACAACUGUGGUGGGAGGGGUCACAUGGCUUUUGAGUGCCCAUCAGGGAGGUUCCUGGACCGAGGGUUUCGUAGGUUUUGAGGAACGGAUGGCGAAGACUGCCAAGGCACCCGUUUUGCAUGAGCUUUUGAACCUGUUUGAUUUGAUGGAUAUUAGUUUGAUUAGAGAAUGUUAUUUAUGCAGUAGAUUAUUCGGCUUGGAAACCUUGGGGUGAUCGUCUGUAUUUGAAACCGAGUAACUUUGUUUAGUCAUGUCGUUGUCGUAUUGCUGAAGGAAAAUAGUCGUCGUUUCUGGAUCUCAAUU